GCCAAUCUGUAACUGGAGAACACUCGAGUGCUGGUAGACAACGAGGGGACCGCACCGCACAUUGACACACCCUAAAGUUACCGAUUUAGUUUGACAAAGAACUCCGAGCAAAGAAUUAGUUAAAAUAACCAUAUCGAUCCAGCAUCGGAUAAUUCAGGGAAACUGUUGUUUUCUUUCCUAUUCAGCAGACAUGAAAUCUUGCUUAUGGAUUGCCUUGCUUGUAACUCUUGUUAUAGGGACGAAAACACAAGACUUCAAUCUUUAUGAUGGCCUUGAUCUUGAUGACCCUACAACUACUAUUCCAAAACUGCCAAAGCAACCUGCAACGGAUCCCAGUCCAGGAGGUGGAUUUGAUCUAUUCGAUGCUCUCGGUCCAGAAGAGCCUGAGAAACCAGCUGGGAUCCCUCCUAAAGAAGGUGGAACUGAUCCCAAACCUGCCCCUCCUCCCAAACCUGUAGAUCCCAAAAAAACAGCUGAGGAUGGGAUGGGUUUUGACCUGUCUGAUGCCUUGGGUCCAGAUCCCGUACCGGGUAAACCAGCUGUUGUUCCACCUAAAGAUGGAGGCACCGGUGGCGGGUCCUUCGGAGACAAUGACCUGUUUGAUUUGAGCGAUAACGAUAACUACAAGCCUGAUCCCGGCAAGGGAGGUGGAGGAGGAGCACGUGCAGCUGACCCAGCUCCCUCAGAUCCCAAUGGAGGAGGUGGUGCAGAUCAACCUCAAGGUGAAGAAGCUGGAUCUGGGCAGAUCGCUGGCAUAGUGAGUGGAAUAGGAGUGGCCCUCCUUGGUGCUGCCUCUAGCUACUUUGCCUACCAGAAGAAGAAACUGUGUUUCAAGGUUCAGGGAGGUGAAGACCCAGAAAGUGGAAAGAACGCACAUGGAGCUCAGUCUGAUCCCCAAGUGAUGAGCAACUUGCUCAGGUCAUCCUAACUUCGAUCAGGUCAUCAUAGAGGAACCUCACCUUUAGCAAAGAAACACCUUCUUCCAUCAGCAGGUGUCAACUGUCUGUGGGCAAAAAAAUACAAUAAAAAAUAUAGAUUUUUUUUCAUUUGUCUUUCAUUUGGAAUUUAACUUUUGGAGAAUGUUAGUUAUAUGUUGUUGUUUGUUGUUGUUACCUAAUCUAGCUGUGUAAAGACACAGAUAGAUUUACAACUUGAAUACUUGUUUUUUUUUGUUGCCGUGAAGAUGUAUCGAUCAUUUUCAUUGUUUAAUUGUUCAGUAUCAAACAAUUGUCUUUCAACAUGCUGAUGUGAUUUUUCAUCACUUGCCAUUUCAUUUUCAUUUCAUACUUUAGUAUGCCUAGCUAGUAUCUAUAACUGCAUUGUACAUUUGACUGUGUUUACACCUAAACAAGUGCUUACAUUGCACAUAGCUUUUGUUGUAUUUGUUUUACUUCAACCGUCUCCACGUACGUAUAUUAAAUUCGGAUUGGCAAUAGGAUCUCUUGUUUCAUCAAAUGUCAGCGCUCGUUUUAAAAUAUAACCCAGGCGAGUCUGUAGUUACACAAAUUAAAACAAACCAUGCACACAAAGGAUAUUUUUAUAACAUGGCACACUCAUGUAAUUAUUAAUUGGAUUCAAAUUUAAUAGAAGGAUUUAGAACUUUUUGUAUAGAUGAAGGUAAAAUGAAAAAAGUGCCUUAGAGAAAGGGAUUAUUUUGGUGGAUAUAAAUAGAAUGUGUAGGGUACUAUUUGGAAUGAGGAAUGGUUUCAGGCUGAACAUUUAGCUGCAUCACGGUUUGUCUUCUGUAAGUUAAUUGUUUGGGGUGCAAGCCACUCGUUAGUGUUUAUGUGAGGGAAAGCUACCAUAAAUGCACAUGGUAAAUCGACAUAAAUGUUGUUUUUUUAAACGCAUUGUGCAUGUUUAUUUGCAAAACAACAUUUAUACUGAGAAGUGGUUAUUGUAUGUUUUAAGUUAUACCUGUUUAAGAUUUGUAUGUAUGAUUGCUUGAUUUCUGAUGCAAUACAGAUAAGAAUAGAAAUUGAUACCUGGGGUUGAUACCAAACUAGUAAAUCAGCAUAUUCUACCAUGUCAAUUGUGCUGUAAAUACUAAUGAAGAAUGUGUAUAAAGGCGCUGCUGUUGUUUUGCUGUGUGAUACAUGCCCUUUUUGUUCUCCUUUAACUUUCAGCACAGGUAAUUAAAACCUUUUAAGUAACUGCAACUGAAGAAGUGUUACUGCUUGUUCUUUACCAAUACAGGAAAUCAUUUGUUGGCUUAGUUGAUCGUAGUUAGUUGUUUUGUGUGUUUUGAAGGAGUUUGAUUCCUUCUCUGAAAGACAAUGGACUGCUGUCGGUAAUGUACCUUAUUGUUAUCAAUAAAGUUAACUUUUUACAAUUGA